AUAUUGUUUUGUAAUACUUGUUUGUUAAACGUGUAUCAUAAUUGACUUUUGUUUUCAUACGAGAAUUUAUUUCGAAUAAUGUAUAACAAACUUAUUUUAAACGAAUUUACGAUUUUUAUUUUACAGAUUUACAAUAUUGAAGCCGAGGCAAAUGGUCAUUUUAUAAAAAUACCUGAUGAUCAAGUCACUAUCAAAAUUGGUUACUACGAUUUUAUAAAAAAUCAAAAUGGAACUGUCUCAAAAGUUAACGUUAGAGGAUGGUACAAUUUUGAGCCAAGCCUUGGAUUAACUAAGUUUACAAACACAGAGAACAUUACAGAAUACGAAUACGAUCUUACCAAAGAUUUGGACAGAAUGAAUCUCUCAACUGUUCUUCAUAGGAUGCUAAAGCUGGAUGUCAACUUUGCACUACAUUCAAUAAGAGUUGAUUGGGACAGCCAAAAUACUAGAUGCCUCCGUAUUAAUGGAACCGUUUCGUUUAACAACCUCAACAAUAACGGACAGGUAGUCAUCAAAUUAACAACUCUCACGUAUCCUGUCACGUGUGACUUUUCUACCAAUGGUUAGUUAAUUGUGGAAUAUGUUUUCUGUUGUACUGAAUGUGGUAUGUAUGGCUAUACUAAUUUUGACAGAGGCAAACAACACAUAGAAAGGACACUAUUAAUUUAGUACACCAAAGACGUUUUCGACUGAAACAAUUUAGACUAAAAAGUAUCAAAUGAUUUGCAAA